CAUUGUACACAAAAAAGCGAUUGUAUGAAUCCUUUUUGGUGCUCCUGGGUAUCCGUAGUUCGCUAUAGGAAGUGAAAUAUUUAUGCUUGCUUCAGCUUGUCUUUUUAUGGCUUGGAACACGUAGCAAUGACCACUGCCUCCCACUCCCGCUCCAUAUUUGAUUUAUUUUCAAACGAAGAGGCUUUUGAGCUAAAGGAGGUGAACUCCGUUCUUCUUAAGGAGGAUGGGAACCCAACAGCCGCUCCAGAUUGUCUGCAAGACAACAGUAGAGAGGACGACAGAAGGACAGAAAACAAUCUGCCUCGUGAAGUUUCAGACAAGAUGCUCUGCUCAGCCUGCAAGUGUCCCUUUAACACUAAAGAGGAACAGAGGGAGCACUACAAACUCGACUGGCAUCGAUUCAACUUGAGACAAAAAAUAGUCGGAUUGCAUCCUCUCAACGUAGAAGAGUUUGAAAAGAAGACUGGAUCUGGAGACUUGUCGAGCAUCUCAGGCUCAGAGUCUGAUUCAGAGGACGAGGGCUCGGACACUAAGGGUGGGGUGAUCACCGACUUCACUGGCACAGACUGUGGGAGCUCUAUUUCGUUGCAUUCGAUCACCGGCAGGCUCUCUAGCAAAGUUGUUUUGCAGAACUCUACAGGAGAAUAUCUGUUAGUGUACCGCUGUGUGCUGCAGGGAAAGAUUGAUGACGAGAACGAUGCAGUGUCCUCUCUGAGAGCGAUAAAUAAAGGGACUGUGUGGGUCAUCCUAAUGACAGGAGGAGGCCACUUUGCUGGUGCAGUGUUUGAAGGACCAAAAGUCCUGCAGCACAAGACUUUCCACAGAUAUACAGUGCGAGCAAAGAGAGGAACAGCUCAGGGCCUGCGUGAUUCUCAGAACCGCAGUCAUACCCCAAAGUCUGCUGGAGCUGCUCUGAGGCGGUACAACGAAGCAGCACUUGUGAAGGACAUCCAAGAUCUUAUGCUGACAUGGGCUGAACACAUAAACAAGGCUUCAGUGAUAUUUGUGCGAGUCCCGAGUUACAACAGGUCCAUUCUUUUUGGUGGCCGAGCUGCACCCCUCGACAAAAAAGAUCCCCGGAUCCGCACUAUCCCCUUUGCCACCAGAAGAGCCACAUUUCGAGAGGUGCAGAAAGUGCAUGAGCUGCUCUCUACCGUUCAGGUUUAUGGACUGGACACAGACAUAACUGUAGUCCUCAGUCCAUCAAAGAAAACAUGGAAAAGCACAGUCAAGUCCACUGUGGAGGAAAGCUCCGAUCAAAAGAAAGAAGAAGAAGAGACCAAUGUCUCAGAUGAAGAAGAGGAAGCAGAGAUCCAUUUAGAAACAGUGAAGCUCACUUUAGGAACCUUGGACCUGAGGGAGUCUGAAAUUUUUCCCUCCAGGAACAAAAGGAGAACGAAGAAAAGACUGAAGGAGGAAACAAAAAACCCAAAUAAAGAAGCAGAUUAUCUGGAGAGGGUAUCAGAGGCUACUCAAGCAGAAGAGAGCCCUCAAGGGACGGAGACUUUAAAAGAAGGAAAGAAGGAACCACAACUGGAUGAUGUUGCUGAACCAUUGGAAUAUGGACUGAAAGAUGCACUUUUCACUGCCUGCAAAGUUGGAGAUGUGGCUGCUCUUGGCAGACUUCUCCAAUCACCAGAGGAUAGAACAGAAAGCUUUGAGGAGUUGAAGAGUAAAUCCUCUACUAUCCCAAGUCCCUUGACUCUUCUGAAUAAACCUGUGGACUCAUCUGGGUUCACGCUGCUCCACGUUGCUGCAGCAGCUGCACAAAAGGAAGCAGUGAGGUUGCUUUUAGAUUCAGGAGCAGACCCAGCCUGCAGGGAUAACAAAGGCCAGACCCCCUACAUUGUGUCCCCUGACAAAGACACCAGAAACUUCUUUCGUAAAUACAUGGGUGAGAAUCCAGACAAGUAUGACUACAGAAAGGCCCAGGUCCCGGGCCCAUUGACAGCUGAGACCGAAUCCAAAAAGGCAGAGAAGAAAAAGGCUCAAAAAGCUCAGAAGAAACAGCGAGAAAAAGAACAGAAGGAGGUGAAGAAAAAGCAGGAGCAGGAGGAGGAAGAAAGGAGGAAAUUUGCAUCCCUGACAGAUCGUGAAAAGAGAGCUCUGGCAGCAGAGAGGAGGUUAGCAGAGCAAGCAGCUGCAGCAGGAGGAAGCAUCUCUAACGUCAAGAGGUGCUGGUCGUGUGGAGAAUCCUUGCUUGAAAAGAUCCCAUUUCACUACUUGGAGUUUGCAUUCUGCAGUCCGCGAUGUCUGCAAGCUCAUCGAAAAGCAAACGUUCCUUCAGCCUAGACUUGGCACCUAUCCUCAGACGCUUUUCUCACGAAAAGGUUUCAAUAAGUCCAUCAAGCUCAGACUUGUAUUACUUAAAACUUUAACUGUUUUAAAAAAAAAAAAAAAAAGAGAGAAAUUAAUAUAAUUUU